GUUCCGACAUACAGGAACCUGAUCAGGAUCUUCAUGAAGAAGGAGAUCGUGAACUGGCCCCUCGCGAAAGAGGAGGAGCUGAAAAAGCACGCAGUCUUCCAGGACUCGCCCCACGAGGGCGCCAAGGAGAGAUGGGAGCUGCUGAAGAAGCGUGUGGUGCAGCACAAUAUCAAGGUUGUGUCAGAGUAUUACGAGCAGAUCCACAUAAAGAGGCUCUGCGAGCUCGUCGGCCUUGGAGACAAGGAGACCGAAGAGGAGUUGUCAGAGCUCGUCUGCUCCAAGUUCGUGUACGCGCGCAUCGACCGGCCUGCGGGCACUAUCAAAUUCGGUAAGAAGCAAACCUACAUCGACCGGCUGAACGGCUGGUCCGAUAACAUCACCAAGAUGCUUGACUUGGUCGAGAACACCAGUCACCUCAUCCAGAAGGAGCAGAUGGUCCACGCCGCGAGGGCCAAGCUAAAGAGCAAGAAGUAG